GGAAUUACAAAAAUGGCUUCAUCACAGUUGACUGCUCUGGUUCUUUUCAUUGCACUAGCAGCUGCCAAUGCUUAUAAAAAGCCUCACUGUUCAAACAGAGGAAUGACGAAUGAUACGCGUGACUUAAUCUUGAGCUAUCACAAUAACGCUCGUCGAAGAGUGGCUCAAGGGAAAGAGCCAAAUAAAGUUGGAAAUUUGCAUCCAGCAAAGAAUAUGUAUGAGCUGGAAUGGGAUUGCAAAAUGGAGCAGCAAGCACAAGACGCCAUUUCUACUUGUUCUAGCAAAAUUAGAGAUUGGCCAAAUAUGGCACAGAACAUAAUCACGUGGACUAGCUUCGACGAAUAUCAUGACCUUACCGGAAACAUCAAAACUUCAUUAAAUGAUUGGUGGGGACAAGCAAAACAGCAUGGUGUCUAUGGCGCAGAAAACAGAUACACAGGCCAUAGCUUAUAUAGCUUUGCCAAUAUGGUUCACUCCGAAACAACAAAAAUCGGCUGCGCAUACAAAAUAUGCAAAGGCCGUAUUAACACAAUGGUGAUCACUUGCCUCUACAACGAAAUUGGCAGCUUGAAGGAUGAGGUAAUGUGGGAAACAGGAAGAGCUUGCAGAACUGGCGCAGAUUGCACCACUUAUCCAAAUUCUGACUGCUCCGACGGGCUCUGCACAAAAAAAGCCGAUGUAAAAGAAACCAAUCAUAUGUGUCCCAAAAACGGAGGAAUGACUGACCGUGUUAGACAAAAAUUCUUAUCCCUUCAUAACCUGUACAGGUCGAGAGCUGCUCGUGGUCUAGAGUUUGAUCCACUGGGGGGAAAGACCCCCAAAGCUUCCAAAAUGCUCAAAAUGGUCUAUGACUGCGCAGUAGAAGCGAGUGCACUGAGAUAUGCCAAGAAUUGUGUCUAUGAACAUUCUCAGCCAUCGGAACAUAAAGGACUUGGAGAAAAUCUUCACUUCACCACCGCGCUCAACUUGAAUAAACUUAAGGCAGCUAGGGAGGCUUGUGAGGAGUGGUGGAAUGAACUGAAAAACUAUGGCGUCGGCCGUUCAAAUAAACUAACAAAUGAGCUUUGGGACAGGCCUAAUUCGGAAAUCAGACAUUACACACAGAUGGCUUGGGGAACAACCUAUAAGCUUGGAUGUGCUGUCGUAGCUUGUCCCGAAUUCACAUAUGUCGUCUGUCAAUAUGGACCAGCUGGCAAUAAGAUUGGUAAGGUCAUUUACUCGAUCGGUAAACCAUGCAGUGGAUGUCCUGGAAAGUGCAGCACCUCUGAAGGAUUAUGCAUUGUUUAGAGAUGUACAAAUGCGUCCAGUUUAAUUAAGAAAUGAUAAUUAGAAGUUGAUAAACGAGACACCUAGUAUGAAGUUCAAGUUUAUAA